CUGCGCACCGCCCAGGCCGAGCUGGUGCGUCGGGGACACGGAACGGGGAGUGCGAACCAGUCAUGGCCACCACCAACGGGGCUGUGGAAAACGGACAGACAGAUGGGAAACCGCCUGCCCUGCCGCGCCCCAUCCGCAACUUGGAGGUCAAGUUCACCAAGAUAUUUAUCAACAACGACUGGCACGAAUCCAAGAGUGGAAGAAAGUUUGCCACAUAUAACCCUUCAACGCUAGAGAAAAUAUGUGAGGUGGAAGAAGGAGAUAAGCCCGAUGUGGACAAGGCAGUGGAGGCCGCACAAGCUGCCUUCCAGCGGGGAUCCCCAUGGCGCCGGUUGGAUGCCCUGAGCCGUGGCCAGUUGCUGCACCAGCUGGCUGAUCUUGUAGAAAGGGACCGUGCGAUCCUGGCAACUCUGGAGACCAUGGACACUGGCAAGCCAUUCCUUCAUGCCUUUUUUGUUGACCUGGAGGGCUGUAUUAAGACCUUCAGAUAUUUUGCCGGGUGGGCUGACAAAAUCCAGGGCAGGACCAUCCCCACAGAUGACAACGUUGUGUGCUUCACCAGGCACGAGCCCAUCGGGGUGUGUGGGGCCAUUACACCGUGGAACUUCCCCCUGCUGCUGCUGGCCUGGAAGCUGGCUCCUGCCCUGUGCUGCGGGAACACCGUGGUCCUGAAGCCAGCUGAGCAGACACCUCUUACCGCUCUGUACCUCGCCUCUCUCAUCAAAGAGGUUGGGUUCCCUCCAGGUGUGGUGAACAUUGUGCCAGGCUUUGGGCCCACAGUGGGAGCAGCAAUUUCCUCCCAUCCCCAGAUCAACAAGAUAGCCUUCACGGGCUCUACAGAGGUUGGAAAGCUGGUUAAAGAAGCUGCCUCCCGGAGCAACCUGAAGAGGGUCACACUGGAGCUGGGAGGCAAGAACCCAUGUAUCGUGUGUGCGGACGCUGACCUGGACUUGGCUGUGGAGUGUGCUCACCAGGGAGUGUUCUUCAACCAAGGCCAGUGCUGCACAGCGGCCUCCAGGGUGUUUGUGGAAGAGCAGGUCUACGGGGAGUUUGUGAGGAGGAGUGUGGAGUUCGCCAAGAAGAGGCCGGUUGGAGACCCCUUCGAUGCCAAAACGGAGCAGGGGCCUCAGAUCGACCAAAAGCAGUUUGACAAAAUACUUGAGCUGAUCGAGAGUGGGAAGAAGGAAGGGGCCAAGCUAGAAUGUGGGGGGUCAGCCAUGGAGGACAGAGGGCUAUUCAUCAAACCCACCGUCUUCUCAGAUGUUACGGACAACAUGAGGAUUGCCAAAGAGGAGAUUUUCGGACCAGUGCAGCCAAUACUGAAGUUCAAAAACCUGGAGGAAGUGAUUAAAAGAGCGAAUAGCACUGACUAUGGGCUCACAGCAGCAGUUUUCACCAAAAACCUCGACAAAGCCCUGAAGCUGGCUUCUGCUCUUGAGUCGGGGACAGUCUGGAUCAACUGCUACAAUGCAUUCUAUGCACAGGCUCCAUUUGGUGGCUUCAAAAUGUCUGGGAAUGGCAGAGAACUAGGUGAAUAUGCUCUGGCUGAAUAUACAGAAGUGAAAACUGUCACCAUCAAACUUGAUGAGAAGAACCCCUGAAGGACAGGCCAGCUUCUUCCUCAAAAGCUGGACAGCUGACCAUGGCAACUCCAGCUUGCCAUGCACAGAAAGCAGGAUGACAGUGAUCAGCUUCCCAGGACCCUCUCUUCUGGACACUCGAUCUACUGGAGUUCAAUGGUUUUGAUUUUCCUCUCACUCACACUCAUGCUUUAUGUUCCAAACUGUGGGUGGCCGGAUGUUAUGUGGGAAACUGCACGCCUGCCUGGGGAGGAACUCUUAUCCAACUCUGACUUUGCCUUUAGACUAAGUGUAGGACACUGCAAAGACAUCCAGCGCUCUUUACUAUGAGACAGUCUCUGGAGUGUCCCACGGUUAAUGUAAAUGCUUUUUGACCCCAGUAAGGGACAUGGAGCAAGCUCACUGAACAUUCUUUGAGCAAAUCUGAUCUUGUGGUCUCCUUCGGGUCAUCUGUGCACAGAGCAAGUCCAUCCUCAUUCUGAGGAAAAAGUGGGACUAUUCACAAGCAAAGGAUUAGUGUUGAGGUGAAGGGAGGAUUUCAGGGACCCAGUGUGGGGAGCUUAGGAAAGGUGCCAGAAGCCUUUGGUGUGCAGGGGUGCGGGUCCUAAGGCCUGCAUAUUGGCACUGACCAUGGGAUUCACCUUGAAAACAAUCCUGACUUUGGAAUGAACAAAUCAACACCCCAGAGAGUUUUCCCUGUGGUUAUGAGAUGGUCUUCCAUGAAAAGGUCCACCUUAGGCAGAGAACUUGGCACCUUUGCCACUGAGGGCUCAUGUUAGAACUACCAUGGCAGAGCAAACCCUGGGCAAUGAAGCCUCACAUUUGACCCCGAGAGCCACCAUCCACUUUUACAGAUGCCCAUAUCUACCACAUUCAAUAAUGGGCACACCCCCUUCCUUUUUCUCUUCUCCAGCUCUGUUACUUGUUUUAGAUCAGUGAAGUUCAUGCCACUGAGAGACAACAGCUGCCACUGCAUAGCUCUGUAGUCUUCAAAAUCCCAUCUGGCCUUUCAUUUCUGAUUGGUUAACACAUAAUACCUGGAUCCCACAGGGGACUCGACCAUCAGCCAAGCGACCUGGGUAUCUCAGUCACGUUAACAUUUUUUCCUUUCCUCUUUGAUGUAUCCAUAUGAUGUGCAAUUCCAUGCUUGAACUUGGAAGACUAAAACGGUUCCCAUAAAGUUUUAAGGAUAGAACCAAACUCCUUGGGUUGACUGCUAUUUGGGUAAGUUUACUGUCAGUAACAUGCACCUCCCUGAUUGGAUGUGAUGCUUACAUUUGAGGAUUAAAGUUGGGCUGAGCAAGAGUGAGAAUUAAGCCUUCUAUCAGAACCAGUGUAUGGUAAAGAAUAUGGUAUGUGAACUGGGGCUCUCAGCCCUGUUGGAGAUAAGCAAUAUUCUAUUCACCUUCUUUCCUCCCUCGGCACUUAUACUACCAUAACUGGUUAAAUCAGGAUUUGGCCUCAGACACUGAAUUUUCAGUAUCUCAAUAACUCUAGGCACUACCCUUCACCAUAGUACACUAGAGGAUUGCUAUUCUUCCAUUGUACAAUAAUGCCUUUAAUAUGAAAUGUUACAUUAUUUAUAAUUGGUAUCAUUAAUGUAUCUUUUUAUAGCUGUAAGUACACAGAGGUAGUAUAUUUAACCUUCUGUAAUAUACUGUACUUAGAAAUGAAAAUCUAUAUAAUGUUAGAUUUCACUUCUUUUAAGGUCUACCCCUGUGGUAUGGUUUUUAAAUUGACUGGAUUGGGAAUUUUGAUCUUAACUUCAGAUUGUGUUCAGCAAUGAAAAAAUAAAGUUGGACAUUGAGAAACA